AUGAGCAAUCUGAUUAAUUGUCAUCAAAAGGAGAAGGAAAACAUUGCGAGUUUUCGUAAACGAUUUGAAGAAAGGGCAAAGGCAUUGCAAGCUUUGCUUGGUGAUGAUUUUUUGGACAAAUUUACUGAGAAGAGUCAGGAAUAUGAUUUAUUGGGAAGCAAUGCUGAACGAUUGCAACAUAAGAAGGAAUCAUGGGAAAGAUUCAUGGCCAACGGAUUUCUGUAUAUUUCCGAUAGAGCCAAGUAUCAAUCAAGAAUUGAUGGAAUGACGGCGCAGUACACGUUGAAGCAUCUGGAUUUCAAACAACGUUGUACAUUUCCAACUACUUUGGAAAAUGCUGCUGAUGUUUUGAAUCAACACAAACACGAUAACAGGAAGAAGAAUUCGAAUGAAGGAAAUUCGAAUGGACAAGGCAAACAGAACAAGUCAAACAACAAUCAAAAUGACGGAGCUCAGUUUUUGCAACAACAAACUUGA